CCGCCCCUCUCCCCGUGAAGCUCUGCCCCCUGUGAAAUUCCUCUCUGCCGGGGUGAUUCCUCCGGUUACUAAGGGCUGCUUCCUACCGGAUCCUGCUGUGUGCUGAGGGGCAAACUGUUUUAUUACCUCUGGAUAAAUUAUCAACCACGGGAAUGAUAUCUCCACCGAUAAAAGGUUGAUGUUUCCUCGCCGGGCGCCCCCAGGGUCGCUUUCAAGCCUGACUGCCGGCAGCUCACCACCUCCGUCGGCCUCCUGAGCGAGCCGAUCGAUCACCUCGAGCUCGACAAGAUAGCGCACAAGGUUCCGCUGCAGAGCCCAGCCCUGCUGCCUCAGCGGGACUGCAUCACCAUGGAUACCGAGUCCACAUACUCGGGCUAUUCCUACUACUCUGGACGCUCCCGGGGGUCCCACAGGCAUGGUGAGCGAAGCCGGGACCGCCACAAGUCACGCAGCAAAGACAGCCGCUCAGAAAAGUCUGUAACGAUUAACACGCCGCCUGCAGAGCCACUGCUGGGCGACUCUGCUGUUCGAGGGGAGCAGGUCCAGGAUGACAACUGGGGUGAGACGACCACAGCCGUCACAGGCACGUCGGAGCACAGCCUCUCUCAGGAGGACAUCGUCCGCAUCACCAAGGACCUGGAGGACAGCGUGGGGCUCGACUGCCGCCGUUACUUCACCCGGACGCUGGCCGUGAUCCUGGGCCUGCUGGUGUUCCUCACGCCGCUGGCCUUCCUGGUGCUCCCCCACCUCCUCUGGCCGGAGAAGCUGCAGAGCUGCGGGACGGCCUGCGAGGGCCUCUUCAUCUCCGUGGCCUUCAAGCUGCUCAUCCUGCUGCUGGCGGUCUGGGCGCUCUUCUUCAGGCCGGCGAGGGCAGGACUCCCGCGGGUCUUUGUGUUCCGGGCGCUGCUCGCCGUGCUGGUGCUGCUCUUCGUGGUCUCCUAUUGGCUCUUUUAUGGAGUCAGGAUACUGGACUCACAGGAUGAGAACUACCAGGGCAUUGUGCAGUACGCCGUCUCGCUGGUGGACGCUCUGCUCUUCAUCCACUACCUGGCCAUCGUCCUGCUGGAGCUCCGGCAGCUUCAGCCGUGUUUCUCCGUGUGCGUCACGCGCUCUACCGACGGCGAGACGAGGCAUUACAACCUGGGACAGCUCAGUAUUCAGCGGGCAGCUCUGGCCAUCAUAGAGCACUACUACUGUGAUUUCCCAGUCCACAACCCAGCGCUGCUUUCCGCCUCCAAGUCCCGCGCCGCCAAACACCUGGCUGGCCUUAAGGUCUACAACGUGGAUGGUGAGUUCCCAGCAGCCCCGGCUGAGGGUCCAGGGAACAACGCAGCAGCAGCAGGACUCGCCCACUCCCAAUCCAGAGCGAUGAUCGCAGCUGCAGCCCGCCGCCGAGACACGAGCCACAAUGAGCUGUACUACGAAGAGGCCGAGCACGAGAGGCGGGUCCGCAAACGCAAAGCACGCCUGGUGGUGGCAGUAGAGGAGGCCUUUACCCACAUCAAGCGCAUGCAGGAGGAGGAGCAGAAAAAGGCUCCAGGGGACGUGAUGGACCCUCGAGAGGCAGCCCAAGCCAUCUUCCCCUCCAUGGCUCGGGCCCUGCAGAAGUACCUGAGGACCACCAAGCAGCAGCAUUGCCACAGCAUGGAGAGCAUCCAGCAGCACCUGGCCUUCUGCAUCACCAACAACAUGACGCCCAAGGCGUUCCUGGAGAGCUACCUGACCCCGGGGCCGACCCUGCAGUACAGCCGGGACCACUGGCUGGCCCGUCAGUGGACGCUCAUCAGUGAAGCAUCGGUCACCAGCGGCCUGAAAGACGGCGGCGUCUUCCUGCUCAAAUGUGUGGACUUCAGCCUGGUGGUGACGUCCAAGAAGAUCCCCUACAUCCAGAUGUCUGAGGAGUACAUCGACCCCAAAUCACACAAGUUUGUCCUGCGGCUACAGUCCGAAACCUCCGUGUAGGACAACGGAUGUCUUUUUUUUAAAAUUUCUCACCCUGUUGCGUUGCUCUCAAAUUUUUUUAUUUUGGGUUUGCAGUUUUUAUUUUUACUUCUUUGGAUUUUUUUAUAUAUUAUUAUAAAUCUAUAUACCACACACAUGUCUGAAUAUAUUGAUCUUUUAAUGUUUGAUUUGGAUGAAAAGAAGAAUAGUCGAAACAGGAGUUUGGACGCCUCGGAUGUGGUUGUGUGCACAUGUGAGUGUAUGGGUGUGUGUGUCAUUUUGUCAACGCAAUCACUCGUUCCCUUUGUGUUUGAGAUGAUGGAGCCACAUGAGAUGGGAACAAGACACUUUUUUUUUAGGUUUCUGACGCCCUCACAGGAAGUCCAUGGUCUCUGUGUGGAGUUUCCAAAAAACAGACAGACAGACAGACAGACAGACAGACAGACAAACCACUAAGGACUGCUGCAAUGUGACUCCAUGUUUGAUAUUUAAAGCCUGAUGGAAACUAUGUUACCUGUACUGUCGUCUCAUUGGUGACAUUUGGAAGUAUUUGGAUGCUUUUGGAUGUCGUCUCAUGAAAAUCAAAGUAAAUGCAUUGACAAAAAAAUGAAACAACUCCAAUCAGAUUUUGCAUCAAAUGCACCUUUAAGUGUAGAAAGGAGAGAAAUGCCUAAAAGUGUGGGAACAGGAUCUCAGCCUGCUCUGAAAGGAUGUGGGAGCGCUUUCUCCUCGUCACUAUUUCAGGACGUCUCCUCCUGGCGGCUGAGAUGUCGCCCUCCAUCACGUCCGGUCUGUGGCGGACAGCAGCACCCGUGAGUGCUAAUUUUAGCGGCCAAAUCGGGACAUUUUGAGUUGCAGGACUCCUCUCCAGGUGCAAUGGAGCAAAAUCUGCGAUAUUUCCACUCCAUUUGGGAACAACAUGAGCAUGCGAUGUUAAAGACCAGGAUGAACAAACUGAAGAAGAGACAUGCAGAGAUGGACACGUGGCCAAAAACAUUUGCCCUGCAUCACCGGCUCAGUAACCUUCUCAGGGCUUCCAUGUCGGACUGGAAGGGAAGGCAGCAGGGAGACGUUAUGCCAGACAAUAAAAGUACUACUGAUUUCUCCACAACAGAGUUCCUCCUUUUUUUUUCUUUGGCGAAACAGCAGGAAAUCCAAAGUAGCUCUGAAGUGGAGAUGAAAAUGGUAACUUUAGUAUAAUGUCCCAUUUUCACAGCACUAACCUGCUCUUCUGUUUUUCUAACGGCUUCAUACUUUGGUUCAUUCUGCUUGUUUCUUCUUUGCUGUACUCCUCAUCAACAUUAAGCUGCUGUCUACAAAAGCCCACACUUCUGUUAUUUUUCACAUUAAAAGGCUACUUUUCAAGGGAAAGCUGCAAGACUUUUAUUUCUCAGAUCAUUUGACUGUCGGCAGUGUAGAGACGGGAAACACGCAGCCACACGCAUGACAACCUGCUACAAAGUGGAGUGUGUUGUGGAUGUGUGUUUCUGUGUGUACAUCAGCGCUUAUGGAACGUGUCUGCAGGAGGUGUGCGCUUGCAUUGAUUUGUUUGAUUGAUAUUGUAUUGGUGUUAAACAGGAGACGGUACAUUCUCAAAGCCUGGCUGCACCUGAUUGGACGGACGCUUCACUUGUGGCCUUAAAACUCCUGGAACAACUUUUUGUUGUGAUGAAAACAUUUCAAAACAAGGUGUUUUUUGUACAUUAACUUGAGCUGCUGAGUGCUUACUGUUUGUUUUAUAGAUUUUCAGGAGCAGUAAGUAGUAGAAGACCUGAUUCUGUGGACACGUGCCAUUAACCCUCGUGUUGACCCGCUUCAAGGUUUGAAAAUGUUGGAAAAAAUAUAUAUUUUCACAGUGAAACUUCUGAUGUCCACAUUUUCAAUGUUUUGGGGAAAAUUUGAAAAUUUUUAGGCAGGGGGGGGGGGGGAAAGAAAUGUUAAGUUUCUUAAGAACAUUAACCAAGAAAAUCAACCAAAAUCCAGUAAAUUUUGCUGGAUUUUGUUGUUUUUUUUUUGUUUUUUGGUUUAUGCUCUUAAAGAAAAUAUUGGAAGUUUUAAUGAUAUAUAUGCAAUCAUUUUAGAAAUUUUUAGGAUUUUUUUUGCAAAAUUGGACUAUUCAUUUUUUGAAACUACAAGAAUUUUCUUGCCACAUUUCUAAUAAAACUUUGAAUGGAAAUUUUGAAGGAAUUAUUGGAAUUUUCUUUCUGAAGGUUUUGCAAAUUUUCAGAAACUUGGGAAUUUUUUUACUAAAUUUUUGAAUUUUUUUUAGACAAGGAAACAAUAUUUUUUGGUGCCUGUAAAUGAGGACAGCAGGAGGGUUAACAAGGCUUUUAAUGUGAAAAGUUUCUUCUUCUUUCAUGGUUGUGGUGUGAAAAUGGACAUUAUACUGAAUUUAUCAAUACUACAAAUGCAUAUCUAAAUAUCUGGUUCAUUGAGUCGCUCAGCUAAGCAGAGAUUUUACCAUAUUUCAGUGUGAUUUUUAUCCCUCAGGGCUCACAGGGUUUGCUUUUAUCAUGUGGGUUUAUGAUAUCUGACAGUGAACCAGCAGAGUCUGAACAGAGCUCCAGCAGGGUGGAACCUCCUUCCCAACUGGACUGUCUGGUUUUCCUUUACUGCCUUUUCUCACCUCUGUUGUCUGAUAAACAUGCAAAUCCCUCGAGGUCUGUUCUUUCACGGAAGGGAUUUUUUUUUUCUCUAUUUCUUUCACUUGAUGAUUCAACUAAAUCCAGAUGAACAUGAUUAAAUUAUGAUUCCUCUGCUCCUGUCAAACUCAGAAAAAAAUACACUAAACACAGAAGAAUAUCUAACAAUAUGCUGUGAGCUGUGUUGUCCACUACUGCCCCCUGGCUGCUAAACCCGGCAUCUGUUCAUAUACAGAACAAUUCUGCUCCUUUCUGCAACUUCACUGUAAAAAAAACUAAAAGUUAAAUCAAACGCCUGCCGCUGGCCAUGUUUUGUACCGACAGACAGAUGAACUUUGUAUGAUCCCGAUGUGACUGUGCCUCCUGUUUUUACACUGUAUCUAUUUAUGUAAACAAGCACGUGUGUGUUUAUAUAUGUGUGUGUGUGUUCCAUUCCAGUUCCCAUGACCAGCCUUCCUCCUCCCUCCUCCUCCUCCUCAUCAGCUCCAUCUGUCCCACUGCUGCCUCGUCACAGUCCUCUGUCACGGCUCGGUUUCUGAUGGACAGCUUUACGAUGACAUGGCAAUGUAAGACACGUUUCAGUUUCACAGCAUUAGCAUUUGUUAAGAAAAUAAAACAUUUUUAUGAACGUUUGUAAA